AUGUCCGUUAGUGGCCCUUGUGCCUGGGUGUCGACGAUGCCAUCACCAGCAACUGCUCAUUCACCUGCCAUCACGAGUUCCUGGGCUUCAGUAUCCUGGAACAGCGAACCAGUCAUAUCGAAAUCGAGAGCGGACUUGUCAACCCUAUCGGGGAUCCGGGGAACAACAGGCGAGCUAGACAAGACUGCCCCUGUGGAAAUGCAGUCUGCUGAGUACAAGGCUGAGAAUGCCUUUACAAUGCAGCCGUCCGCAGGGUCUUCCAGCUCAAUACAGUAUUCAGGGGUAGAUAGACCUUUGAAUGGUUCGGAAUGUGCGACUGCAAAUGCGCACAGCGACACGUCGAGGCCAAACCCGGAGAGACACGAUGCCGAGACCCAAGAGACUGCCGAUACUCAGAAGAACGACGGACUUUCAUUCAAGGUCAAACCAGAGGUUGCAGAGGAGGUGCACGAGGAGGAGAAGGACCAUAGUGAGAUCAAUGGUGGCUCCUCUGAUGAUGAUGGGUCAGUCGCCGACGAGAAGAAAUCAUCCCAGGACAUUAAGCUGGACAAAAAAAAGAUGAAGAGGUUCCGGCUUACGCAUAAUCAAACGCGCUUUCUGAUGAGCGAAUUCACUCGACAGGCGCAUCCUGACGCCGCCCACAGAGAGAGACUUUCGAGAGAAAUCCCCGGACUUACCCCACGUCAGGUUCAGGUCUGGUUUCAGAACAGACGGGCGAAACUCAAGCGACUUACUAGCAACGAUCGGGAGCGUAUGUUGAAGUCACGAGCACUGCCGGAUGAUUUCGAUACGACUCAGGUUUUACGCACUCCCUUUGGCAGCAAGGGUCCUUCGGAGGCAUCUGGGCUUCUUACCGAAGGCUUACCGCGCUUGAACGAGGACGAGUACGUUAUUUCACCAUUGAGCUCAGCGUCCACGAACGGCCCUGGCUACCCACCGACCUCUUCCGAUAGGGGCUUCGAGAAUUACCAGAACCGAGGAGCGGCAGCAACUGUUCCAGAUUUGAGGAGCAACCGAGGCACCUUUCCCUUUCCGCGGUCGAGUAGCUUCUCUGAAUCGUCAUACAAUGCAAAUCUUCAAUAUCCAGGACGAUUUUCAAGGCCUGGAGAACCGAUGGGCCAUCCUGGGAUUGCAUAUCGACGGCCAAUGGACUAUAUGGUGAACCGACCGGCAAACGGUAUGAUGGUUGGCUAUGGCCAGCACCGUCCACUAGAGGGCUCUGUGUCGCCUACUGGUCAACAAGAGACGCAAAUCUCAUACGGAAUGGACAGUACUAAUUCACAAAUGCACAGUUAUCAACCUCCUCUUUCAAUGCCCGCUCCCAAACCCUACGGUGGAAUAGAAAUUAGCUCGCACAUGCAGGCACCCGGGCGAAGCGUGCCAGCUGUGCACCACCUCCCAGUCUCGGAAGCACCAGACUACCGCCCUUACUCCUACGAACACCACCCUUACAGCAUUGGUACCGGUAUCCCAUAUACACAAGCCAAUGCAUCCAGCCUGAGUCUCCCGGCAUCUUUCCCUUCGGAGACAGGCCACGUUGCAGUUAGCAGCUCGCCCGAUGGCAGGAUGACCUCUCCGCAGGUCAUGGAUCCUCUGAGGGCCAAAUACGGCCAGAGCUAUGAUUAUGCGAACUACCUAUAG